UUUUCUGGUCUUCAAAACCCUACAAUUUUUUGUUUGCUCAUUUCUUAGCUUAAUUUAUCUCUCAUUGGAAUAAUUUCUCUUCCAAAAUUUAUAGUUUUUUGUGUUCCUGAUUAUUCCCGAGAAAAACCUAUUCAUUACGAGCCAAUUGGUCCAAAUUUUGAGAUUAAUCAACCAUUUCUAUUGCUCUUCGCACUGCUUUGUGUUCUUCAGGACAAACCAGGUGCCACUUCCUUCUUAGUUUCUGUGGCAGUAUGGAUGGGAACAAGCGAAAAUUUUUUAAGAAACAUCAAAAAAAUCAAUUCAAGCGGAAAGGGGUCAAUAGAAGAGGAAAAUGGACAAAUUCUAGCCAUGAAGAAUCUUCAGGGAAUUCACAUUGUGUCGAUACUGUUUAUCGAAUACUCUGUCCUUCACGAAAAAUUGGGGGUGUCAUUGGAAAGGGUGGAAGCAUAGUAAAGGCCUUAAGGGAAGAGACACAAGCCAAGAUUACAGUUGCUGAUUCAGUUCCUGGUUCAGAUGAUAGAGUAAUUAUUAUAUAUAGUUCUCCUGAAAAAAAUUCAAGGAACCAGAAUAAUGAUGAUGAUUCAACUGUAGAGAAUGAACAGGAGACUAUGGAGCCUCAUUGUGCUGCUCAGGAUGCUCUCAUGAAAGUUCACGAAAGGAUUGUUGAGGAAGAUCUUUUUGGUGGAAUGGCAUCUGAUGAUGAUAAUGAGAACACUAUUGUCACCGCACGGCUUUUAGUUCCAAACAAUAUGGUUGGAUGUCUUUUAGGCAAACGUGGAGAUGUCAUCCAAAAAUUGCGAAGUGAGACAGGUGCAAGCAUUCGUGUUCUUUCUGCAGAUCAUCUUCCGAGUUGUGCUGUGAGCACUGAUGAAUUGGUUCAGAUAUCUGCAAAGCCUGAUUUGGCAAAGAGGGCUCUAUAUGAAGUAUCCACUCUAUUGCAUCAAAAUCCCCGAAAAGACAAACCUCCAAGUGUGCCUAUGCCUUACAGUGGCCAAAAUUUUCAUCCUCCUGGUGGUCCCAUGACAAAUAUGCGUCCACCAGGAAAUCCAAUGUGGCAUCAUUGGAAUUCUUCUUCCCAAAAUUUGCCUCCCAGGCCAUGGAUGGGGGGAUAUGGCAGUCAGCCCACAGGAUUUAGGCCAGAUGGCUUUAAUGGUGCUACUUCAGGACAUGGUGGGGAACAUUCAGCUGAGUUUUCUAUGAAAAUUUUAUGCUCUGCAGGGAAAAUUGGUGGGGUAAUUGGGAAAGGAGGUUCUAAUGUAAAACUGGUUCAGCAGGAGACAGGUGCUAGCAUUCAUGUUGAGGAUGCCUCAGCAGAGUCAGACGAACGUGUGAUUCGGGUCUCUGCUUGUGAGGCUCUGUGGAACCCAAGAUCACAAACAAUUGAUGCAAUUCUUCAGCUUCAGAAUAAAACAAGUGAAUUCUCAGAGAAAAGCACAAUAACUACAAGACUUAUAGUUCCAUCAAUUAAGGUUGGCUGUAUCCUUGGACAAGGAGGUCAAGUUAUCAAUGAAAUGAGAAGGAGAACCCAGGCAGAUAUUCGUGUUUACUCCAAGGAUGAUAAGCCUAAGUGUGCAUCUGAAGAUGAAGAGCUUGUACAGAUAUCUGGAAACAUUGCUGUUGCCAAGGAUGCUUUGGCAGAGAUUGCAUCAAGACUAAGAGUUAGAACAUUGCGAGAUGCAAAUGCUGGAGUGGAACCCGGGCCUGUGGGACCUGUCCAUGAAUAUCGAGCCACACAAAGUUUGCCAGGUAGAGGGCCCCCACCUUCUGGUAUAAUGGGAGCUAGUAGUUCUGGUGGAUACAAGCCUCUUAGGGAUGGUGGACAGGAUUAUGAGCCUCGAAAUUAUCCAGUUCCUCCGGCUGCUAUUGGAUACUAUAAUGUGAACAGUGCUCUGGAGGCUAGUAUUUCAAAUAAUGGAGUCAGUUCUGUUUUAGGGGCUGGGGGGAUUUCAAAUGUUGGUGAGGUUGCUGGAACAAGGGUAAAGCUCCAAGAUCCUCCGACUGGUGGCCCUGAAAAUGUUGUUGAAUUGCGUCGAUCUUCUGAGUGUCUGAAUGCUGCACAAAGCUUUCUCCAAACCUUUGUGGCUUCUUCUGGACAGAACAUGAAUUCCCAACAAGUUUCCUACCAAAACAACAUGACUGCACAGCAAAGCUCCUGCCAGAAUGUGGGUGCUCAGAGGAGCACCUAUCAAAGCGUGAAUGUUCAGCACAGCCCAUAUCAAAACAUGAAUAUGCAGCAAAGCCCCUAUUCGCUGACUUCUAAGCAAGGUGUCUACACCAACACCAAUGCUUCCCAGGCUACCUUCCAAAACAUUAGUGCGCAGCAGGGCGCAUAUCACUACUGACUGCAAUUUGCGAAUUUUUGUACCAUAGUUUGCUUUCAGGUUCUUAAGUGUAACUGGUGGAUCAGCCUACCAACAGGACAGGAUGAAAGUAUAGGUCAUUUAAUGCGAGCAUUUGUCUUUGGCUCUUACAGGCGAAGGAAAAUUUGUGGCUGUGCCAUGCUUGUGCAAAUUGUAAACAUCUUCUCAAAGUUAGAGGAAUAUACAAAGAUUCUUCUGAUACUAGUAGAUCUGUGUAGAGAAUUCAAAAUUUGUUGUUUUGCACAACUGAAUAACUGAUGUAGUAUCCGUUGGAACUCCAUGUAAUUAUUAGUUUGAUCUUUCUUUCUUAUUGAA